AUGGCCAAAAGUCUGCGUUCAAAGUUCAAGCGAAAAAUGCGUUCAAUAGCCAGGGCAAAGAAAGCCCCUAAAGAGCAUGCCCUUCUCGAAGCUGCCGUCGCACGAAGGGAAGCGUAUGAACUGGAACAAGCUGCAAAGGAGGCUGAAGCUGCAAAAAAUGCUCCUGGCACGGAAAAAGUCGAAACGGUGGGUGAAUGUUUCCCCUUGAUCAUGGAUGACUCAGCCCAGGACUCUGUUACAAAGGCUACCAUAAAUUUGAAAACGAUGAAACGAGCAGAUGGAACGUAUCCUCCAUGGAUGAGCGGAGCAAUGAAGAAUAAACUCAGUAAGAAGAGCAGAGCCAUCAAAAAGAAGAAGCUGCAGAAGGCCAAGAGUAGAAGAUAG